GUAGUGACUCAUCUCGGGCCGAGCGCAGGGGCUCCAAGCGAACCGGGGAGCGAGCAGCGCUCGGCAGGGACAGAGAGGGAGAGAGAGAGAGAGGGCGAGGCGCGGACGCGCGAGGCCGGCCGGUCCGGGAGCGGGCGCCGGGCAAGGGGUGCAGGUCGAGGCGCCGGAGCGGGACCACGUCCCCCUCAGCGCCGGCUCAGCUGGAACCCCACCGGYCGCAGUUCAGCGGGCGCGCUCCGGAGCGGGACGGGCGCACGCUGCUUUCUCCCUCCCAGUCAAGUGUCCGAGCCGCUCAGAAACUCAGGCAGCGAGUCGGCCACAGGAAGUUUAUUCUCGGGCUCAUUUUCUAAAAGGAGGAAACAGAAGUUUCUCCAAGCGAGCUGCCUUUCUUUUCGCCUUUUUUGCCCUGUCUGAUUUCGGGGGUCCCCGGAACUGACAGGCGAGGCUCAGCCGGUUCCUGUUCUUUAAUUUCCAAUUUUUCUUUGGGCCGCGGGUCCAGGCUGAGCUCCGGUAGAGCGCGGGGGCGGGAGGGCGCGCGCAGGGGAGGGACCGAGGGACGCGCCGACUUUUUAGAGGGAGGGACCGGGUGGACAACUGGUCCCGAGGCGCUCCCGGAGCAGGAAAGAAGUGCCGUGCUAGGCGCGCGGGGACACUUCCCGGGUGUCACCGCCUCCUGGUCCGCGCCGGCCGCCGUGGGGGAAAGGCAGGGAGCGAAGAUUAGAGCCCGCGGCGCGGCCGGCGGACCAGCGAGCACGCAGCAGCCUGUGCGCGGCCGCGGCGAGGGCGGGGAAGAAAAACACCCUGUUUCCUCUCCGGCCCCCACCGCGGAUCAUGUACCAGGAUUAUCCCGGGAACUUUGACACCUCGUCCCGGGGCAGCAGCGGCUCUCCUGCGCACGCCGAGUCCUACUCCAGCGGUGGCGGCGGCCAGCAGAAGUUCCGGGUAGAUAUGCCUGGCUCAGGCAGUGCCUUCAUCCCCACCAUCAACGCCAUCACCACCAGCCAGGACCUGCAGUGGAUGGUGCAGCCCACAGUGAUCACCUCCAUGUCCAGCCCCUACCAGCGCUCCCACCCCUACAGCCCGCUGCCUGGCCUAGGCUCUGUCCCCGCGCACAUGGCCCUCCCAAGACCUGGCGUGAUCAAGACCAUUGGCACCACCGUGGGCCGCAGGAGGAGAGAUGAGCAGCUGUCUCCUGAGGAGGAGGAGAAGCGUCGGAUCCGGAGGGAGAGGAACAAACUGGCCGCUGCCAAGUGCCGGAACCGCCGCCGGGAGCUGACGGAGAAGCUGCAGGCGGAGACAGAGGAGCUGGAGGAGGAGAAGUCAGGCCUGCAGAAGGAGAUCGCUGAGCUACAGAAGGAAAAGGAGAAGCUGGAGUUCAUGUUGGUGGCCCACGGCCCUGUGUGCAAGAUCAGCCCUGAGGAGCGCCGAUCGCCUCCAGCCCCCGGGCUGCAGCCCAUGCGCAGUGGGGGCAGUGCGGUGGGCGCUGUGGUAGUGAAACAGGAGCCCUUAGAAGAGGACAGCCCCUCGUCCUCCUCAGCAGGGCUGGACAAGGCCCAGCGCUCCGUCAUCAAGCCCAUCAGCAUCGCCGGGGGCUUCUAUGGGGAGGAGCCUCUGCACACCCCCAUCGUGGUGACCUCCACGCCUGCCAUCACUCCGGGCACCUCGAACCUCGUCUUCACCUACCCCAGUGUCCUGGAGCAGGAGUCGCCCGCGUCACCUUCCGAGUCCUGCUCCAAGGCUCACCGCAGAAGCAGUAGCAGCGGGGACCAGUCGUCAGACUCCUUGAACUCCCCCACUCUGCUGGCUCUGUAACCCUGUGCUCUCCUCCCCAGCUCUGGAGGGGUCCUCGGCACUGCCUCCUCCCAGGGACCAGCACCUUCAAGAGCUCCAGAGCCCUGAGGGCCAGAGGAAGCCCUGCUUCCGGGCUCUGGGGGACCCAGGUGGGACUUGGCAGUGAGGCUUUAGAAGACUCGGGUCGAUCCUUGUAAGCCAUGGGACCUCCUCCUUUGCUCGUCUUGCAGAGAAUUCUCCUCCUGGAAAGCCAAGGAGAGCUUGGUUUGGCAGACAGGACCUGUCUCUGGCUUCUGAAGAGCCUGGAGCUUCCCAGAUGGUCCCGCCCCUUUGUUACCUGUUGUCUCUGGAGCGAUGGUGUCCUCCCCACCCCACCAAGCAUGCUCAGUGCCUUUUGGUUCACCUUCCCUCGACGUGCCCCCUCCCUCCCACAGUGUCAGUCUCACUCCCUCUUGGUUUUUAUCAAAUUUGCCAUGACAUUUCAUCCGGGUAGUCUGGAUAUUAAAGCUCUUCAUUUCUGGAGGCGUGGCAGCAGGUGACUCUUCCACGGGGGUGACUUGUCCAGAAGGGGACAAAGUGCAAUACAGAACCUUCCCUCCAGGGGUACUCCCCAGUGCACCACUGCCUCCAGAUGCUCUCAAGCAGGGGCCAACCUCACUGGGAGUCUUGAAAGACCUUCCUCUGCACCCUCGGAGGUGGCUUGGGAUGACCGGCCUGACCAGAAGAGGGGGUGUGAGACAGCCAGGGCACCGGGGGGGGGGGGGGGUUUGCCAAACACCUAAUUAUCAGGCAAGGAGUAGUGCCGACAAAGCCACCUGGGUGUCCUAGCCAGCUUCCCUUCGCCUGGUGUCUUGAGCAGGGCGUCUCCUGUAAUUACUGCCUCACCAUUCUGCCCCUGGACCCUUCUCUCCAGACCAGGGAGGCGUCCCUCCCAGGAACCACACAUCACUCCAAGGCCCUGCUGGGCUACACCCUUCCCUGGCUCUUGGGGUGACGCCACCCACGGAGAUUUAAUGAGCGUGGGCCUGGACCCUCCCCAAGGGAGGCUCCUCUCCAAGCCUCAAAGGAUGGAAGAGCCAGGCAGGAAGGAGGAAGGCGGUCCCUGGGGGUGGUGUCUGCAACAGCAGCAGCUGCCACUGCCCCAGCGCCCAGCCUUCCCUGCUGUGGCCCUGCAGCAUAGGCCCUGUCUGCCCUCUGUGGUCAUCUGCCACCUGGUGGCUCCAGUGCUUUCUCUUUCAUGCUCCCCCUGCCCCAUCCCAGGGUGCUCUUCUGGCCCAGUUGACAAGCUGUGAGCAGCUGGCCCAUGAGCUUUUGCUUGGGGCUUGUGCGCCAUUUCUGGUUGUUGAAUCUUUCCAGCUGCUGAAAUUGGAGCUAGGAUGUGUUGCUUUCCACCACAGGAGAGCUGCCCCCUCCCACGGGUCCCCUGGCCUCCACCCCCUCAGCUUUUUCUCCCCAGAGCAUGUUGACACAUGUCCCUGGGAAGCGGCUUCUGGUCAGAACUGGCCUCUGUGGAGCUGGUACUCUGAGGGAGUCUCACUGUUGGUGACUCAGCUCCAGAGAGAUCAGUGUCCAUCCAUUCAAAACGAUGUCAAUGCUACUUAAAUCCAGUGGCAGUUACAUUUCUGAGUCCGACUCUGGAGAGAGCAGGAACAGCUUACAGACCUGUUCCUAUUAUACCUGAGGUCACAUGUGCUGGCCAUUAUUUAAUUCCACCCCCAACUCCCCCUUGAUGCACUAGACACGCAGGAUGGAAGAGACUUAGGCUGAAGAUAUGCGGCCCAGCAGGACCAGAAGGAAUGUACGCAGGGGUCAGCCACAGAGAGAGGAGAUGAAAAGAAAAGGAUUUUGUUCUAAACACUUUAAACGUGUUCUUUCCCAUGUUCCCUGGCAGUGACGCUGCGCUCUGGUUUCCUAGGGUCUUUGGGAAAGUGCUUCUAAGAAGAAAGGGCAGCUGGGUUUCUGGUCUUAGAUUAAUUAAUCAAAGAAGGAGGGCUAGCAGGCGAUGGCCGAGGAAGCUGGGUGCUCUCAGCUUGGAAAGGCUUCAUCAUCUCAACUGGUCUUGGGAGCCAAGUGGGAGCUGUUUGUGUCUUUGUGCAUAUAGAUAUUUCUUAAAUGGAGCUGCUUUUUGGUCUUUUAUUUCUAAAAUCCCCCUUUGGCCCCAGUCUGUAUAGCAUGGACCCCAACACCGGUCAUGGUCUGUGACUUGGAGCCACGCUGGACGUUCCUGAGCCAGAGUUUGGCUUCUGAUUUCAAGCUCUGCUGGCAUCAGAACCUGCGGGAGGCACGGCCCCAGGGACUUCAGAAGCCUAUGAGGUGUGACCUUCACGACUUUCUUGCUUUGUCUUUGGAGGUUGUUUGGCUUCCCCAAAGCCAGAGGUCUUUUGGGGAAGGCUGAACAUUCACUCCUGAGUCAUGAGCCUGUCCUAGGUCACUGCCUUCUGGCUUGCUCUCCAGGUUCACUCCUGCCCGCCACAUACACUCACACGCACUUGCUCUGGAACCACCAGACACCCAGCCUUUGCUCCCUCCAUGGCUCCAAACAAGGGGACAGCUGCAGCGGAGAUGCCUUUGUGCUCAGGAGAGGAACUGCUGGGCCUUCCCUUGUCUCCAGCCAGGAGGCAGCUGGUGUGGACCUGGGUGGGUCUGCAGGUGACUGGGAUGGCAUGUGAAGACACCCCUUGAUGGGUCAGUAUGAAACACACAGUCCUUGUGGCUGCCUGGUUGGCCUUUCUGGGAAUGGUCCUGCCCCUGGCUGGGUUGAUGGGGACAGUUGCUGACCUAGGAAAGAGGAGGUGGUAGGUGAAGCUUAGGGAAUUGCUGGAGCCAACUCCACGCUGAGAAGUCCCUGGGGAGGUUUUUCAGAAUGAGUGGAACGUUCUGUGUGGGAGGCCAGGUGGGCCCCUGAGGACAGUCGCACAGGCAUCUCGGAGCUGAGAGCGAUCAGAGCUGGCUGCUGCUUCUCUCUCCAGCUUUGGGGAGAAGAGUCUCCCUCUGCUCCUGGUGGACUCCAGUGAAAGUGGGAGACGAACUCUGGAGCAUUGGGCAGUUUUCUCCCGACCCACAAUGCACCUUGCUAUCUCGCCAUGUAACUUCCUUCCCCGAUCAGACAUCCGCAGGCCCCUUUAGGGACAGAAAGAAUAAAUACCUAUGUGCCAGGCACUGUUAGGCACUUUUCUAUUUAUCCUCUUUGAAACGAGGGCAACCCAAAUAAAGGGCCCCCAAA